AUGUUGAUGAUACUGAUUCCGUUGCAACAAUCGGCCGGCGUUUUUAUACUUUCCUUUGCUGCCUGUACGUUCCAUAGGGGCGGAGUAACGAAUGAAGUAGUGUGGGAUAAUAGGGCGAUAGGGGCUGCGCAUGUGUUUCCAUUAUUCGGGUAUAAAAGAGGGUUUCGACGCACGGUCUGGCAUCAGUUCGUUUUGAACCGUGUUAGCAACCAACUCGACGAUGGCACCAAAACCAGCGGUAAGGCCGCCAAGAAGUCCGGCAAGGCCCAGAAGAACAUCACCAAGGGUGAUAAGAAGAAGAAGAAGGUCCGCAGGAAGGAGAGCUACGCUAUCUACAUCUACAAGGUGUUGAAGCAGGUCCACCCUGACACCGGUAUCUCGUCCAAGGCCAUGAGCAUCAUGAACAGCUUUGUCAACGACAUCUUCGAGCGUAUCGCCGCCGAAGCGUCCCGUCUGGCUCACUACAACAAGCGCUCGACCAUCACGUCCCGCGAAAUCCAGACCGCUGUUCGUCUGCUGCUGCCUGGUGAGCUGGCCAAGCACGCCGUCUCUGAGGGUACCAAGGCUGUCACCAAGUACACCAGCUCCAAGUAAAUUCUCUCCCCACCUUCGGAAUCUCCGCACACAAUCGGCCCUUUUCAGGG